UUUUUGUUUGGCGGAAAUAUCGCGAGAUCUGAUGACCUGCUUCCUCAAAAUGUAAACAUUGCAGUUUUGCUAGUCGAAGUUCAGUGUUAUGUUCCACUGCACGGUAUGGGAGACGUAGAAAGGAUUACAUUAUUUUGGUCGUCGGAAUGUGACAUUAUCUCGAAGUGAUUUCGAUUGAAAGCCCACCGUUACAUAAUUUUAAGUUGUAGCGGCAUUUCGCUAUAGUGCUGGAAUGGGUAACAACCCUCCUGGGUCCAAAUGGAGAACCAAGGGAGCGACGAGGUGGAAAAAAUGAAGACAAAGUUCUUGUCUGUGUGGCACAAUGUGAAAUACAGUUGGGCUCUGAAGUCAAAGACCUCAUUCAGCAGAAAUUCUCCUGUGUUUCUUCUGGGAAAAUGUUACCACUUUAAGGUAGAAGACGAUGACGACGUGUCAGAAGGCUGUUUGGAAGCAUCCAAUGAAGACUUUGUCAUGGGAAAUGUUGAGGAUUUCCGAAAGGAUUUUGGAUCUCGUGUGUGGCUAACAUAUCGGGAAGAGUUUCCCCCUCUGUCUGGCUCUGCACUGACGUCUGACUGUGGUUGGGGCUGCAUGCUGCGGGCUGGACAGAUGAUGCUGGCCCAAGCGCUAAUUCUGCACUUUUUGGGCAGAGAAUGGACCUGGUCAGAAGCACUGCAGCUUCAGCCUUUAGACACUGAGACGUGGACCACUACUGCUGCAAAGCGCAUGGUAGCGUCCCUAGAAGCCUCCCUACAUGGCACCCAGAGCAAGCCAUCAUCUAAUCCUGGCUCACUGGCCGUACCUCAGGCUCAGGCUGCACGGUCUGCAGAGGAAGCAGAUGCCCAUUUAAAAGAAAUGUAUCACAGGACACUGGUUUCAUGGUUUGGAGACAACCCAACUGCCCAACUGGGCCUGCACAGACUGGUGCACUUAGGCCUAACAAUGGGGAAGCAGGCAGGGGACUGGUAUGGACCUGCUGUGGUAGCACACAUUCUCAAGAAAGCCAUAGAGGAAGCAAUGGACCCCGCCCUAGCGGGUAUAUCUGCUUAUGUCUCCCAGGAUUGUACAGUGUACAGCGCUGAUGUGGUCGAUAGCCACAAGGCACCCAGAGCAGGGCACCCGUCUGCUGCUGCGUCACAUGCCCCGCCCCCUCCACAAAACAACCAAUCAGCGUCUGCAUUCACCUUGCCAGACAGUCAAGCUGUUAUUAUUCUCAUCCCUGUGCGACUGGGAGGAGAGAAAACCAACCCUGACUACUUUAACUUUGCAAAGAAAAUGCUAAGUCUGGAGUACUGUCUCGGCAUCAUUGGAGGGAAGCCCAAGCAGGCCUGCUACUUUGUAGGAUUUCAAGAUGACAGCUUGAUUUACCUGGACCCUCAUUAUUGUCAGUCUUUUGUGGACGUCAGCACCAGCGAUUUCCCUCUGCAGUCCUAUCAUUGUCCCUCACCCAAGAAGAUGCAGUUUACAAAAAUGGACCCAAGCUGCACCAUUGGUUUUUACUCCAGAAGUGUCCAAGACUAUGAGAAAAUAAGCCAAGAGCUGUCUCGGGUGCUGCAGCCAUCAGCGAGCGACAAAUACCCAGCGUUCACUAUCGUGCAAGGUCAUUGCAGAGAUUACGACCUGUCAGCAGGUCUGACCCCGGAAAAGAGAGAGUGGCCCUUCAUCCGUGACCCGAGAAGGACAAUCACCACUGCUGGGGACUUUGUACUACUUUAACAAAACGGUUUGGAACUGCGAACAUGGAAUUUUUUUCACUGUGUGAUGCCUAAAGAAGUCUGUGUGUCUGAGACAGACGUAACAUUGAACCUUCUAGAACCAAACCUAUUUGUUCACUUUUUGGUGAACUUCUGAAACGCAACAAUAGGAGUUAGCUCAAUACUGUUGUUUUUGUACUGUAUUAGGACUUUUUAGAGCUCUGCUUAUUUUUAUACUAACAUCAAGAGGAGGAAUGCCGUGGAAGUGCACACUAUAUUUUUCUUUCCCAACACAUUUCACUGUUAGUGCAUAGGAAUAUUAGUCCAGUACCACCACACGUACACUCACUUGUAAAAUAUUGACGCGUUCUGUUGGUUAAAAUAACUUAAAAAGUAUUAUUUUAGUCACACUUUUCUACAUAAAACUAACUGCGUUUGUCAAGAUUUUUAAAGAGCCGAAAAGAUCAGAAAUGUUCCUAUCAGGGUUUUAUGCAGCCGAUUAUCCAUGAGUGCGAUGGGUAUAUAUGAGUACUGAUCACAUAUAUCAACUUUAAAUUGUUCAAUGUAUUUAUGGUAAGUGAUAUUGACAGUUUAACAAUAUCAACACAAUAUUUGACCGAGUUCAUUAUUCUCUUUUAUUACAUUACAAAUGUUUGAUCAAAACAAAGUCAAUAGUUCACAAUAACUAAUUUAAAUCCUUUGGAUUUUGCUCUCAAAGUCGAUACACUGAUACUACCUUUGGUAUUGACACCACUGAUUUAUGUAUCCAUCCGCCCUUCUCUUACGUGUCGUGUACUGACUCUGACAAUGUCGACAUGCCAACAUUAAUUGUUGUAUUAUCCUUUCACUAGACUCUUAUAAAUCUACUUAUUAAUUUCAUGUUAUAUCUGCUUACUUUCUGCUCUAAUGUUGUUCCAUUUACAUUUCUUAAACUUUACUAGGUUCCUUUUUUUGGUGUUGUUCAAAUCUAAUUUAGCGAUUCGCUUAGCUAUUAGCAUGCCUGCUCCUGGCUUGUUCUCGGUGUGUAACAUCUUUAGCUUUGUCUUCCAAAGAUACUUAAGAUAUUACCAAAUGCAGUUAUUUUUCCGUAAUGGAGAGGAUUAUCAUUAAUUUACUGGAGCUUCUCCACACUGUGUGUGGAUACACAUAAUUAGUUGCUAGCUGCUUGUCAGCCGAGGGACUAAGAAUAAUUUGUGAUUGGCAUUAAAAGGCAUUAAUCUGCAAUGGCGAUCACUUAUUUUUUCACGACAAUCAACCGAUACUGAGCGAUCGAUUGGCACAUCCCUCGUUAAAACUUCAGAUGCAAUCCUUUGAACCAUUUUUAAUCAUUUAUUAUGAAACAUAUCUCAAUAAAAAGAUACCUGUGUUUUACUUGCAUCAAUAACAUGGGGAAACGAUACACAGGCUUUAAUAAUUCACUGUUACACUGGAGCUUGUUGUGGAAACAUUUCUUGCAUUUGCACGUUUUGAAACAGUGAGUUUGCAUUUCCACAUCCCAAAACGAUUCAAGUUUGAUGGAUGGAAAUUCUGAAUUGUCAAUUGUUGUGAAUGUGAGUUUUAAAUGGCAUGUUUUGAAUUAGUAUUAAUUUAGAUUUUGUCCAAAAACGGGCGUUUACAUGUACUGCACUGCAACAAUAUCUUUACUUAAGAUGCCUUAAGUUAAGAAUACUUCUUGUAUUGUUAAUGGCAUUUAAAUACGUUUUAUUAUUAUGCAGUAAAUAAUAAUAUCAUACAGACAUAAACAGCAACUGGAAAAUGUGUUUGUAUUGAAUCAUUUCGGGUAACCUGUUUUGGAAUAUUAACAAUACUGGCCUUUCAUUUCAAUGCACAUUGUAAAUUAGUGAAUUCAUUCCUUGCAUGCUUCACAGAGCAAACUCAUACAAAAGCCACCCUUUUGACAUUUUGAAGAAUGCUUGAAUAACUCGCUGUAAAACUUGAAGACGCGCACUCAAAACUCUAUUGUGCAUGAACGUCUUCCAUGUCUUUCUGCGUUGCAACUAACACAACUGAUAUUCAGGACACUCAGUGGUGGUUUUUAGGUGUGGGUCACCUUGGCACAUACCUAUUCUUUAGGGGGCGCCGCAAGGAUGGAGGGGAAAGAAAGAUACAGAAGCACAUAAUGUCAGAAUAUGUGUGUCUAAAAAGAAUUGGUGUUGUUCACAUAUCAUCUGUUACAGCUGCCAAAGCAUUACUUUUGAAAGAAUGCUUGUGCUUAAACAUUGCUUGUCAUUUAAAACAAUUGAAAACGGGGAUUUUAUUAAAAACUUUAAAAUGUUUACAACAUUUUGCAACAUACAAAAAUAUAAAGAUAAAGUAAUAGUAAUUUAAGUACUUGAAUAGUAUAAAUAAAAUGAUAAUUAAGGUCAGUUGGUUCUCUAUAAUGUAUAAGUAGUGUGGUUCUAGACUUGUUGUGAUUUGGCGUUAUAUUGUUAACAUUUAAUAAAAUUAAGAAAUUCUAAAAAUUUGAAAUAAAAUCCCAAUUGUCACAGGAAAAACGAGCAGCAAUACAGAACACAAAUAAUGUACAAAAAAAACAAAACUAACAGCUUGUGUUGUAAUGUUGAUGUUCAGAAUUCCGUUCAUGAAUGCACCUCGCUCGCCGUGAUUGGUGCAUAAUGAGGAAAUGUUGUUUUGAUGUUGUGUGAAAUGUGUGUGCAGUGUUGGAACUGAGCACUGCUGUUGGCAUGAUAAGGUUGGCAAUAAAAAUGAAAAAGAGCUUCA